UAGUAAAAGGACUUAGCGACGCAUCUGGACCAGUCUGGUAGUACGGUCCGGAACAAUGCAGGCCAUAAAGUGUGUCGUGGUUGGGGACGGAGCUGUGGGUAAGACAUGUCUGCUGAUCAGCUACACGACCAACGCCUUCCCUGGAGAGUACAUCCCCACAGUGUUUGACAACUACUCUGCCAAUGUGAUGGUGGAUGGAAAACCAGUCAACCUGGGCCUUUGGGAUACAGCAGGACAGGAGGACUACGACAGACUCCGCCCCCUCUCCUACCCACAAACGGAUGUGUUCCUUAUCUGUUUCUCCCUCGUGAGUCCUGCCUCGUUUGAAAACGUCCGUGCCAAGUGGUACCCAGAGGUCAGGCACCACUGCCCCAACACGCCCAUCAUCCUAGUGGGCACCAAGUUGGAUCUGAGGGACGAUAAGGACACCAUCGAGAAGCUCAGGGAGAAGAAGCUCACCCCUAUCACCUACCCCCAGGGCCUGGCCAUGGCCAAAGAGAUCGGUGCGGUGAAGUACCUGGAGUGCUCGGCCCUGACCCAGCGCGGCCUGAAGACUGUGUUUGACGAGGCCAUCCGGGCGGUCCUCUGCCCCCCGCCCGUCAAGAAGAGGAGAAGGAAGUGCUCCCUGCUCUAGAACCCCAGACAGGAAGACAGACAACGCAGACACAAAAGCAUUUUACUUCGGAAUCUUUCCUUUUAUAUAUAAUAUAUUAGUCUCUACUAGUACAGCACUGGGACAAACUGUUCCUUUGUUAAAAGAAACUGAACAUACAGAUAGGUUUAGGAAUGGGUGACAUCACUGAAGUGUAAGAAAUUCCAGAGGCCUUCUAAAAAUGGAUUUAAUCUUCUGUGAGAAGGAUGAUGAAAUGUUUUUGAUUUGUUGCUCUUACUCGUAGUCCAUAUUGUUUACAGUCUUUAGAGGUUGUUUUGGGUGGAGUGUGAAUUUGCCAAACUGCACACUGCAGAUAUUAGAAGCUGUACAGCAGACACUAAACUUGUUGCUAUUUUUUAGGUUUACCUCCUUAACAGUACAGCUAAUAAUUUGGCAUGGUGUACUGCAGUUAACGGUUACAUGGUUAAGAUGGCAUUCUAUUUGUGGGGUGGCAUUCUUUAUAACAUGGAAAUCCAGAACUAGCCAAGUUAAUAGCAUCACCAAUUUUAUUUUCACCUCCAACUACUAAUUAAUGUACCAUAAAUCUAAUUAGACUAGGACUGAGUUUGGGAAACACUGGUCUAGCCAACAGUGCUUUUUGUCAAUUGGAAAAAGCGUGAUCCUUCAGUAUUUAAUGGAAGAGCUGGCGUGCCUCGUUGCACGGUUGAACCUGUUAGUCAAAAAUGUUGUAUCCCCCACCCGCUCCUGCUGUGUCCUCCCUGUACUGUCUGAACCGAAUCGUUGCCUGAGAAAAACAAAGCUUGCGACUUUAUAUGAGAAGAUUGGAUGUGAGGACUGUUUUGGGUGUCGAUGUGGGAUAAAAGCACCUUUUAUAUUAGUCUUUGGGCAUUUAUCAGAAACCAUUCAUGCAGCGAUUUCUUCUUUUGUGAAUAGCCCAUUUGAUUUACAGUAGCCACAACAAAGGAGAGAGCAUUUAAAUGACUGAGGAAUGUUGUAACGGUAACUAAGCUACAGUCAGUAACGACGUAGUGUGUAUAUAUUCAUCUUUGGUUAUCAUUUGAAUUCAAUUGGCUAUUUUGUAUUAAAAUUCCACUGAAGUUAAUCACUCACUGUAUUUUUAAACAAACUAUGAACGCUAUAUUGUUUACCAACUACAAAUAAACCUUUAAUUUUCCUACAA